UUUCUCCGACGCUGCCACAGAGGUCGACUUGGCGGACCACAGAAUGAUGCCGGUGGGCCAGAUGUGACUGAAGACGUCACAAGUGAGGAGGUCGAGGAGGGCAAGCCAUGUGAAGGUCAAAACUCCUUGCAGGAGGUCACAGUCUCCAUCGCAGAUCUUGCCUACCAGAAGACACAAGCUGACGAAGAGGAGGGGGAUGAGUAUGACAGGGAAGAGUAUCAAGUCAGGGCAACGGAUGAGUUGUACUGUGAAUAUGACUCAACGUGGGAGACAGAGCAGAGCCUGGAGGUGUUUAGUGGGACCGCGACUGCACACAGGUCCACUAGUUUUAAGUUUAAAAAGUUUCUGAAUGCAGCAAGAGACACACAGAACUACAGGCAUGGCUACCCAUUUAAGGCCACACAGCACAGCCCACAACACCAGGAGGACAUGGCCAAUUUGAAUUUCUACCUCGGAAAGAGACCCUCAUUGCCAGACGGUCUCUACAUUGGAGAUUUCCACACUGCGUGGUAUGGAGAGUAUGACAAUCUGGAAUAUGUUCACACCUAUAUUCAGUGGUUGUUCCCAUUGGAAGUGCCAGGAGUGAACAGUCUGGCCAGUACCCUAACAAAAGCAGAAAUUGAGGAGUUUCAUAAAGAGCCAACUGCAAAGGAAAAUCUGUUGAAGUCAUACAAGCUCAUGUUGGACUUUUACGGCAUUGAGUUGAGCAACGAAGAGACGGGCCAUGUCAGAAGGGCAAGGAACUGGAGGGACAGGUUCAAUGCCUUGGACGGCCACACUCAUAACAACCUGCGAAUCACCCGCAUAUUGAAGUGUAUGGGGACCCUGGGUUACCAUCACUACCAAGCCCCCCUGGUCUACUUCUUCCUCAACGAGACGCUGGUCCACCGAGAACUCCAAAGUGUCAAAAACAGUGUCCUCAACUACUUCGUAUUUACUGUCCUUGAUCGGCGAGAACGGAGGAAGCUCAUCAAGUUUGCCUACUUGAACUAUGACCACGAAGAUGAGUUUGUGUGGUGCCCACAGAAGAUACAAACUAUGUGGUCAAAGUCAUGUCCCUCCAAAGCAAGAGCUUUUGAUCACCAUGAUUAACAUUGUUACCACUGACCUUAUUAAACAACAAUGCCCAAUCAUCAGAUUCCCUCUUUCAA